UUUCUAGGGUUUUCCGCAGAUAGGUUCUGCGUAGUCUGGCUUAGUUGCGUCACCCAAAAGCUUCUAUACCUAUACGUCCUUGCCGAUCGCGAAUAAUGACCCUGUAUUCUGGUGGAUGACGACGUGAUUGUUGUAAAAUACGCGUUGUAUUGAGAUGACUGCAGGUGAUUGCUGCUGCAAGAGCGUUACGGAACUAUCACCGUAAGCUAUCACCAGGCAGAGCUGCGAGUUUCACUUUCGACAAAUUCGAGGAUUAUGGGUCGGAAACGGCCAUCGAAACCCGGAUCUGGCUCCUCGCAGGGAGCCGAUUCGUCAUCUGGCGAUGCCACCUCAUCAGGCGGAGGUUCGCGUGGUGCUCUGGUGGUUUCGGGUAGUUCUAGCAGCAGACGAGGAGCCGGGGAUAGAGGGGUUUCCGCGCAACAAGACGAAGGAUCCAAGGGAAAAGAGCUUGGAUACCUUGAACCCUCAGAUCCGCGAUUCGCGGAGGUGAAAUCGGAAUGCGAGAAGGCAGUGAAGGCGCUUCGGCGUGGCAACGCUCCGAAAGCGGUGAAGCUUAUAAAGGAGGCCACGGGGAGAUUCACGUCCGUUCCUCUAUGUCACCGCGUGAACGGACACAUCCACCUCAAACUCGCGAAUAUGAUCGAAGAUCCUUCCACGAAGCAGCGCCAUCUGCGCACGGCCUUAGAAUCCGCGCAUAAAGCCACGGAACUCUCCCCCAACUCCGUCGAAUACUCCCACUUCUACGCGCAGCUGCUCUUCGAAGCAGCAGACGGGCGUGACUAUAGCGAGGUUUUGCGCGAGUGCGAGCGCGGGCUGGGGAUUGAAGCGCCGGUGGAUCCGGCGAAGGAGAGCCUCCAGGAGGAGAGUCAGCAGGAGCUGGCGACGCCGGGCGAGCGCGUGUCACACGUGCAGAACGAGCUGCGCGGGUUGCAGCAGAAGGCGAACAUCGCGUCGUUUUCCACCAUCUGGCGCAGCUUCGGGAGCGGCGCGGACGAACGGUUCAAAUUCUUGCAGGUGAAGAAGAUUUCGGACGACCCUAUCGAGCCGCGCUCGUCCCUGCCCCCUCGGCGCAUCCACGAGGUGAAACGCGUGGUGAGAACGCUGGAGGAGCGACGCCAGGAGAUUGAAGUGCGCGUCACCGCCGCACGCCUGCUCCAGCAGCAGCAGCAGCAGCAGCUGCAGCUGCAGCAGAGCCAGGGGCAGACCGCAGCAGCAGACGGCACUUCCGCUUCUGCCUCUGCUGCUGAUUCCGCUUCCGCUUCCGCUUCCGCCUCUGUGUCCGCCCGCGGGGAAAGGAAGGGGGAGGGGGACGAGGAGGGCGCAGGGGGAAAGGAUGCGGGGGGGAAGAGGCGGGGGCUGGACGGGGCGAAGAGGCGGAGGGAGGUGUUGGCGGGGAGGCGCGGGGCAAGGGCGCAGUCCGCCAUAGAGGAGAGGGUUGAGAAAGUGCGACCGUUUUGGAAAGCGCUGGGGCGAGAGGAGAAGGAUAAGAUCCUGGAUAUCCCCAUUGCUGACGUGUGCGAGGGCCUUGCCAGGUCAGCGCGCGGCGGGAAGGGGGCGGGUGUGGGGAGUGCGGGCGGAGGUGGAGGCGCAGGAGGCGGAGGUGGAGGCGGAGGGGGAGGCGGGGGGGGAGGGGGAGGGGGGGGAGGGGGAGGGGGAUUGCAUGUGUCUGGUAAUGGCGGUGGCGGCGCAAGUGCUGGUCUGGGGGGGGAAUCUGCUGCGUCAGCGGCGGCAGCAGCAGCUGCAGCGGAGGAGAUCAUGUCUGAGGCGCUGAGUUUUGCCAAGGAAAGAAAGCACUGGCAGUUCUGGGUGUGCUGCCUGUGCGACGAGCGAUUCAUAGACAACGAGUCGUUUCAAGCGCACAUACAGGAGGGGCACAUUGGCAAGCUGACAGGCGAGCAGGAGCGGAUGAUACCCGAGGAUGAGGCGCUUUCGUGGGAGGAGAUGUUUACUAGGCUGGAUGUUACACCCGUGGAUGGGAGCGAAGCGUUGAGGAGGCUUAUAAGGGAGAUGAAUGCUGCGGCUGGCGUGGGGGGUGUCGGGGAGGGAGGGAAGAAGACUGUUGGUGAAGGGGCGAGUGAGGAAACAGAGGGGAAGGUGCGUCUUGGGAAGCGAAAGGAAGAGGAUGGAGCAGAGACGAAAGGAGGUGAGGAGGGGGGUGCUGGUAAGGCGGAGGAGGAUGAGGAGGGGAUGGAGGAGAAGGCGGAGGAGGGGGAGAAGGAUGAGAAGGAUGAGAAGGAUGAGAAGGAUGAGAAGGAUGAGAAGGAUGAGAAGGAUGAGAAGGAUGAGAAGGAUGAGAAGGAUGAGAAGGAUGAGAAGGAUGAGUCGAGUGCGAUGGAGGUGGAUGAAGGGGGCCGCGAAGAGGAGGGCGAGGAGGGCGCGGAGGAGGUGGAUAUCGAGAAGGGAGUGGCCGCUGCUCUAGGCGAGACCAAGGGUGGGAGUGAGGAGGGGGGGAAUGCGGGAAGAAGGGGAAAGUUGGAGUCAGGAAGGGUUUUAGGUGAGCGAGGGAGAGAGAGUGAGGGAAAGGAGGAGAAUACGGAGGUGAAAGGGGGCAGUGGCAGUGCCACUGGUGGGAAAGUGGGGGGUAAGGAGGAGGAGGAGGACGAGGAGGAAGUGGAGGAGGAGGAGGAGGAAGAGGAAGAGGAGGAGGAGGAGGAGGAGGAAGAGGAGGCGAUAAGGGAGAGCAAUUUGGGACUCGAGCAAACAGGUGCCAGCGAAAAAGGCUCUGUUUCUGAAGCUGCUGCCGCUGCAGCAGCAGCGGCGGCAGAUGCAGCAGCGGAAGUAGCGGCAGCAGCAGCAGCAGCGGUGGCAGCAGAGGGUUGCAGAAUCUGUGGGGAGUCUUUGCAGUGUCGCCGGCAUGCGAGGGCGCUACCUGUUGUGGAAGAUAGGGAGAGGCAGCGGGAGCUGAUGCGACUGAAGCAUAUAGUGGAGCGCAUGCUUAAAGGGGGGAUACUGACCCGGGAUCACUUGGCGCGCAUGGUGCAGUAUACUAUGGCAGAGGUGCAUGCCCUGGCGGAGAGGGAGCAGAAGGGCUUGAAGGAGGGAGGAGAGAAAGGUACAAGUCCGAUGGAACGGAAGGGUACUGAGGAGAGAGGAGAGAAAGGUGCGGAGGAGACUGAACGAAAGCCGGUGGUUGAUGUGGAAGGGAAGGAUGCAGCUGUUGCAGCAGCUUCUGAUGGUGGGAGUGGUGGUGACGGUGGCGUUGCGUCUGAUGCUGACGCUGCUUCUGGUGUUGCUGCUGAUGCGGACGCUGUUGAUGCUACUGCAGCUGAUGCUGCUGUCGCUCUUGCCGCUGCUUCGGCUGAAGCAGAAACGCCAGGGGAGGAGGCAGCGAGCGAGAAUCACUCUGAAAAGGAGCUGCUGAAAAUGACGCCUGUUGGAGACGCACCACUGGAGGAGGAGUCAGAUAAAGAAUCACAGAAGGAGCUACAUGAAGAGUCACUAGAAACUUCCUUCAAAGAUUCGCCAAAAGAGUCAGAGAUGGAGGAGAACCAGGGGGGAACACGGAAGGAGGAGGGGACAGGGAAGGAGGAGGGGACAUUUUUGAGAAUUCUCAAAAACACCCUGCAAAAUCAAGAGAUGGAGGAGAACCAGGGGGGGACAGGGAAGGAGGAGGGGACAGGAAAGGAGGAGGGGACAGGGAAGGAGGAGUCUUGCCCGUCCCUCAAUUUCACCCCAUCGCCGGUCUUUGUGCGCUUUCUUACAGCGCGGCAGAUACAGGAGCUGCAGGCGUACCUGCUAGAAGCGGAACAGGGGGCGUACUAUAUCGAGAACAAGGAGGCAGUCCUCCCAGACAGGCUAUUGCUAGACGAUGACUUCACGAGGAUUAUUCUGGAUGAACGCGUGCUGAAGGACGUGGCUGAGGAGCCUAAGCUGCCGUUUCGGGAUGCUGUGGGCGGGAGGGUGGAGGCGGGAGGGGGAGGAGAGGGGAGGGUGGGAGGGGUGGAGAGGGGUGGGGGAGACGGGAAAGGGAAAGGGAAGGUGGGAGGAGGGGAAGAGAGAGAGGGGAAGGAUGAGGGAGGGGUGAGAAAGGGAGCAGGUAGAGGGGAAGGGGGUUCUGCUGCAAAGGGGGAGGAGGGGGGUGAGGUAGAAGGAGCGAAGGAUGGGUCGGAGGGUGAGGCAAGGACAGAAGGAGAUGGCAGCAAGGGAGAGGGAAUGGGAGAGGGAGAGGGAGCGGGAGAGCGAGAGGGAGAUGGAAAGGGAGAGGGAGAGGGAAAGGGAGAGGGAAAGGGAGAGGGAGAGGGAGAGGGAGAGGGAAAGGGAGAGGGAAAGGAAGGCACAGACGCAGGUGAAUGGAUAAGCGCUGGUGAGAAAGGAGACCCAGGGAAGGGGGGUGAAAAGGAGGCGGAGCAGGAAGGCGGAGAGGCAGCAAUGGAGGCGAAGCAAGAAGGGGGCAAGACGGAGGCUCUGGAAGAGGAAGUGGGGUGUGAGGAAGGGACAGAGGCGAAACCCGCAGUGAAAGGGGAGGAGGAAGAUGAGCUGACGGUUCCUUUGCCCGACGACCCUAGCAUGAAGUGGCCCCUGCCUCUCAUGCGAGUGAAGAGAGGCGAGGGGGGAGCGGGAGGAGUGGGGGGGGGAGCAGGGGGAGGAGCAGGGGGGUCAAUGAGGGGAGGAGGGGGUGCGCCCACUACUCCUGCCCCGGCUGCUGGUCCUGGUGGUGCUGGUGGUGUUGGUGGUGCUGCUGGUGCUGGUGUUGCUGCUGGUGCUGCGUCUGCUGCUGGUGCUGCUGCUGACGCGCCCAGGCACGAGGAUCUACAGCUAGCCUGGAUCUUUGGGCGCAUGGAUUACGAAAUGGCGGCGCCGGCCUGGCGAGGUGCUUAUAAAGAGGGCCUGGAGAAGGCCCGGGAGGUGAUGGAAGGGCUGGACACGGAGUACAACUCGUUAAAGUCACAAUGCGAUAGGAGGAUUGAGCUGGAGAUUGCUGAGCGGAAGCUGGGGAAGUUGGAAAGGCUGUUUGGGAGGGAGAGGCGGCGGAGGGAGAGGGACCCGGGGUACGUGAAACGGUUUGCGAGUGUGCUUAAAAGGAGGAUGGCGGAUCUUGUUGCGGCGGAGGAGGAAGCAGUGAGAGAGAUUGCGGAUGAGGAGGCGAAGGCGGUGGAGGAGGGGCGAGGGAAGGGGGCAGGGGGAGGAGGAGGAGGAGGGAAAGGAGAGGGAGAAGGGGAAGACUGUAGUGGUAGUGUUAAGGGAGGGGAGAAGUUAGAGGAGGGGGGAAAGGAGGAUGAGGAGGUUGAGGUGGGCAAGAGAGGAGAGGAAGAGGCGGAUGAGAGGGCUGCUUUGCUGGGUGGUAAGGAGGGGAAAUUAGGAGGAAAAAGGAAGGAUGGUGGGGAGGUGGAGAAAGGAGGAGAGGGGGAUGAGGUGGUGAGAGUAGAUGACUCGAAGGAAGGUGAUUCAAACGAAGGUGACUCAAAGGAAGGUGAGGGUGCGAAAGAGAAGGAUGGGGAAAAGGAGAGCGGUGGGAAAGGAGAGGGGAAAGGAGGGAAGGACGAGGAGGGGACGGAGGGGAAAGAGGGGAGGGAGGGGAAAGGGGAGAAGAAGCAAGUGAAGCGGAAGCUGUGGUCUGAGAGGAGGUUUCGGGCGAAUAAGAUUGAGACGAGUGUCAUCCGCAACGUGCUGAGCGACUACCAGACUGCUCUCUUCAGCGAGCCUCGCAUGCCGUGCGGCGACCUGCUCUCCCACUCCCCCUCCCAUCUGGGCGGCGGCACCGACUCGGAUGAGGACGAGCACGACAGCUGGCGCGGGCCGGAGUUUGCCGCCCAGCUGGAUCUGCGCAUGGAGGGCGCAAUUCGGAGCCACAGGAACAGCAUCCUGGCUGAGAAGGAGCAAGCGGAGGAGAAGAUUCUGUUUCACCUGGAGGCGGUGCAGAAGUCAAACGCCAAGCUGCACCAGGCGUCGGUGUUUGACUACCGCUCCGUCAUGCUGCCCAUCGUCAAGACCUUCCUGCAGAAUCGCCUGGAGCAGGCAGCAGAGCAGGACGCCCAGAAACGUUCCGACGCUGCCCAAGAGGCGUUUCUUGCUGAGCUGGACAAGCAAGGGAAGAUGGAGAAGAACCGCGAGAAAAAGAAGGGCAAGGAAAAGGCUAAGGGGAGAACGGAUGGGCCAGGACAGGAGCAACGAGGAGGGUCAACCGGGGGAAGGUUGGCUAGGCAGUUAGGAGCAGGAGGAGAGAGAGAAGGGGAGAGAGGAGACAGGGAGCGGGGAGAAAGGGAGAGGCGGGAACGGGAGAGGGCACCACAGAGUGCUGCAGAGAGGGAGGAAGAGGCGCAGAGGAGGCGGGAGCAGCAGGAGAUUCUGAGGCAGCAGCAGGAGAUGGAGGAUGAGGAGAGGAAGCUGGAGUGGGCGCUCUCCCUGCAGAGGCAGGCGGAGGAGGCGGCCAAGCGGCAGAGAAUGGCCGAGUUGGAACAGCAAGCAGAGCGGCUCAGACCCAAGCAAGCAGCCUUUGAGGCACCGCAAGAGCAGAGGCAGUGGAUAGGGGAGAUGGCGCUGCAACCAGAGCGGUUGAAUCCUAGAGUGAGGCAAGAAGAGCGACAUGAGGGUCAGAGUCGGAGUGGUUUAGUUGGCUUGCCCAACGGGGGACCUCCUUUUGAUGAUGUGCCUGGGAAGGCGUUGCUGGUGGGUGUGAAUGGGUCUCCUGUGGAUGCCUCUGCUGCUGCUGCUGCUGCUGCUGCUGGCGCUGCUGCUGGUGGUACCGCGACUGGCAGUAGUGGGGGUAUAGGCCCGACAGGGUGGGGAGAGGCUCCAGAGGCGGUUGCUGCCAGUGUGGAUGCGUCAACAGGUGCGCGCCACCAGAGCCAACAACUGCAACAGUCCCGCCAGUUUAGCCCGCAAUUUCAACAGAACCAACAGACCCAACAGACCCAACAGGCCCAACAGGCCCAGCAGGCCCAACAGGUCCAGCAGCCUUACCACUCCCAGCACGGGCAGCACGGCCAGCACGGGCAGCCCGGGCAGCAGGUGCAGCAUCCUCCCUCAGGCGCAGAGCAGGAGGACGUUUGGGGCGAAGGGGGGGGGAAGGCAGUGGAGUCCGCUGAGCAGAAGCAGAAGCAGAAGCGGAAACAGGGGGGGCAGCAGCAGCAGCAGCAGCAGCAGGAGGGGAAGCACCAUGGGGGGCGGCAGCAGCAGCAGCAGCAGCAGCAGCAGCAGCAGCACCACCACCAGCAGCACCAGCAGCCAUUGCAGCAGCAGCUGGGGGGUGUGACCCAAGCAGGAGAGGCGGGGCCGCUGGCAAACGGCGUCCCAGCGUCCAGGUUGGUGUCAGGUGAUCGGUCAGGUGGCAUAGUGCGCACCAUUGCUAAUCCGAGCCAGCGAUUGGGACACAAGGGCAGGGGGAGAGACGCCACUGUGCUCCCAUCCCUGCAGCAGCAGCAGCAGCAGCAGCAAGUGCCGAAUCAGCAGGGUAGGGCAGGGCAGAAUGCGCAGGGCGCUGCUGCACCUCCUGCCAAUGCAGGGCUGCUGGGAACGCCCCUAACGCAGAGAGCAGGUUCAGGUGAAAUUCCAGGUGCUGGUUCUGUUGAUGGUGGUGGUGGCACUGAUGGCAGCGCUGCUGGUGCUGGCGAAGGGGGAGGGCAAGGUGGCGGCAAGAACAGGCCAAGGCGGAAAAGGGGCGGGGCGGGUUCCCAAGUGGGAGAGGGUUCAGAGGUGAGCGUAGGGGCAGGUGAAGCUGCGGAUGCGGGUGCUGCUGCUGCUGCACUGGGCACUGGCACUGGAGGAAUCGGUUUGCAACAGCAGAGGCAGCCGCAGCAGCUGCAGCCGCAGGUGCAGCAGCAACAGUCGCAGGCACAGCAGGUGCAGCAGCAACAGCAACCGCAGCCGCAGCCGCAGCCGCAGCAGCAGCAGCAGCAGCAGUCACUGCAGCAGCACCCAUCCCAGUUGCCCCCGCUCCUGCCGUUGGUGGCUGCAACCACCUUGGCUGCUGCUGCUGGGGUGGUAGGAGCAGGGGCGGUGGGAGUAGGAGCGGUGGCUUCAGGGGGAGUGGGAGUAGGGGCAGCGCGGGUGGUACAGGAUGGGCUGCUGGUGGCACCAGACGUGGUUAGAAGCGGGAGUGGUGGACCUGCCAAUUCUAAUGUUGGACCCAUGAGCGCGUGUGCUAGGCCUUCUGCCCCAACACACAGCAGCAUGCCUGGCUUUCCCGGUUCUGUUUUGCCUGCUGCUUCCCUGGCUGGUUCUCACGAGGAGGUAACAGGCAGGCACGCCCUCCAAGGGGUGACUCCCCAGAGGGUAGUUCCCUUUCAAGGGGUAACUCCCCCUCCCCAUCAAGGGGUAAUUGCCCCUCAAGGGAUGGUUCACCCUCCAGGCCCUACUGGUUGGGGAGGGAAGGGUUAUGCAGGGGGGUGGGGCGAGGGUCCCCAGGGGGAGGAGAGGCAGGGACGGGGUGCGGCUUGGCCAAGGCAGCUGGGCGGAGGUAUGGGUGGAGGUAUGGGUGGAGGUAUGGGAGGAGGAGAGAGGGUGGAGGAGGUGGAUGUUGAAGUGGCUGUCGGACCUAGGUCUGCUGCUAGAGAGAGGAGGCGACAGCAGCAGCAGCAGCAGCAGCAACAGCAACAGCAACAGCAGCAGCAGCAACAGCAACAGCAACAGCAGCAACAACAGCAGCGGCAACAGCAGCAGCAACAGCGGCAGCAGCAGCAGCAGCAGGUGCAGAUGCGGCAUGGUUCGCCACAGUUGAAAGAGUAUGCACCAUUAGGGUUAGCACAACAACAGGUGCCAGCACAAGCACAGGCACAGCCGCAGGGGCAGGGGCAGGGGCAGGCACAUUUGUUGCUCUCUCAGGCGAAGGGCAGCAAGCAGCAGCAGCAGCAGCCGCAGCAGGGACAGACCAGUGUCGCUACCCCUGUGUCGGUUUCAGCACCCCAAGAAACUGGUGUAGAAAGUGACAGAAGUAUCACCAACAGCAGUGCCAGCAGCAGCAGCAGCGGUGGCACCAGCAGCAGUGUCAGCAGUGGCAGCAGGCCCCUUGGGCUCUCUGGAAUUACCUUUGGGUCUUUCACCAAUGCUCCCGUUUCCGGAGGAGCAGCAGCAGGUGCUAUUUCCGGCCUUGCUCCCCCCACCCUCCCUCCUCCCUCUCUCAACCCCCCUCCGUCCACCACCCUCACCAAGCCUGCCUCCUCUGCUGCGGCCGAUCCUACCACGGCAGCUGGUAGCGCUGCCAGUGCUACCAGUGCUGCUAGUGCUGCUAGUGCUGCCAGCGGUGCCAACGAUGCUAAUGUGCAUGGGUCCACAGGACAGGCUGAUUCCUGCAUCCCGCAACGCCUGCUACCCACCACCACUGCGUCCGGCCCUCUUCCCAGUCCUCCUGCUCCUGCUCUUGCGGCGUCCGGCAAUGCUCCUGGCAGCAUUAACGGCCGAGCCACCCCUGCCCAAAACCCUAGCCGCUUCCCAGGCCCUGCCCGAGCCUCCACUAGUGCUGCAGCUGCUGCAGCUGGUGCUGCUGGUGCUUCUCCAGGGGUGUUUGCUCCCCCUGGUGAACCGGACAAGGUGGGAGGUCACAGUCGGCCGGUGGGGCAGAAUGAGAUGAGCGGCGCGGGUCAGUUCAGCUUUGGACUUGACGCGGAUGCUUACGGGGCAUUGAUGCCGCUGGGAGCAGUGCCUCUUGUGCCAGUGCGCAUGCCAUACCCCAUGCCGGUUCCUGUCCCCAUGCCCAUGCACAUGGGUGCUCCUCCCUUCCCACCAUCCUCCAUGCCCCUUCUCGGUGCUCCGGCGGGCCCAGGCUCGGCAGCAGCUCUGGCCGCCGGACCUGCUGGUUUGGCAAGCCUGGUGCCAGGGCCGCCGGGCUACAUGGGAGCGCAAGGAGGGUACGGCAUUGUUCGUCCAGUGGCCGUUCCUGCUUCUGGAGCGAUCCCUGGUGCGGUUGCUGGUGGUGCUGCUGCUGCCGCUGCCACUGGUUCUCAGCCGUCGCAUGCUUCUCCUCCUCUCUACGCCCCUCCAGGCGUCCCUCCCUCGUUCCCAGGGGCGCCGUUGGUAGCGGCAACGCAAGGGCAGAUGGUAGGGUCUGCGCCAGGGCAGAUGGAAACUGCAGCAGCAGCAGCAGCGGCGGCGGGGGUAGGGGGGGAUCCAGCUGUGCUCAUGGCGUACCCUGCAGGGACUGCACCUGCGGGGCUGGCUGCAAUGGGGGGGCAAGCAGCAGCUCAAGCACAGCACAGACCGCCCUCCCAGCAGCAGCACCAGCAGCAGCCCUCCCAGCAGCAGCAGCAGCAACAGCCCUCCCAGCAGCAGCAGCAGCAGCAGCCGCAGCAGCAGGUGGGGCAGUCUGGGGCGUUUGCGUCGCCCAGCAAGCUCUCCUCCCAUGCUGCUCCCUUCGUGCCAGGAGCAGGAGGAGGAGCAGGAGGCAUGCCCACUCUCACAUACCCCGCGCCCUUCAUCCGUCCCCUCCCAUCGCCACACAUCCGACCCCUGCCACCCCAUCCACAGGCGCAGGCGCAGCAGCAGCAGGCACAGCCACAGCUGCAGCAACCGCCACAACAACAACAACAUCAUCAUCAGCAGCAGCAGCAGCAGCAGCAGCAGCAACAGCAGCAGCAGCAACAGCAGCAUCAGCAUCAGCAGCAGCCGCCCAUGCACAAUGCGCACCUGAGCCAUCUCCCUCCCCAUACAAGUCAUGCUUAUCAUACCCAUACCCAUACCCAUACCCAUACCCAACACCACAGCCCGUCCCCUCCUCCCAACGCUUCCUCCUCACCCUCCCACCCUUAUGCCACCCAGUCGUACCCCUCGUCCCUCCCAGCAGCCGCUUUUCAACCUUACUCGUCCCAGCCCCUUCACCACGCAGCGCAACUGCAGCACCAGUCAGCCCAAGCGUACCCGUAUGCCCCAUCGCCAUCCCAUCAUCUUCCUUCCACUGUCCCCAUGGGUUUCCACGCCCAGCAGCCGGGCCCGCAGUCUCAAGCCAUGCCAUCUCUAGUCACUGAGUUGCCUCUGCAGGAAUCACAUGCUCAAGUGCUGCCGUCGCAACCGCUACCAAAUCCGCAGCCGCAUCCGCAGCCGAAGCCACAGGUGCAGGCGCAAUCGCAAUGGCAGCCGCAGUCGCAGCCACGGGUGCAGUCUGAAUCUAUAUCUGCUGUUGCAGAGGCGCACCAAUUGCACCACCAUGGAAGCUUCGACACGGACGUAGCAGCCCUACGGCGAGUGGCAGAGGCUGGAGGGGAAGCAGCAGCAAGAGGAACAGGAGCAGCAGGUGCUGCUUUAGCAGCAGCAGGAGGGGCAGUGCCGGCAGUGCAGGGAGCAGCGGGUGGUGAGAUGGCGUGGGAAGGAGAGAUGGGAGGGGGAGUGAGGGAUGAGGGCGGGGUGGAGAUGGAGGGAGGGGAAGAGGAAUGGGAGGAGUGUGUGAGUGGGCGGACUGAAGGGGGGGAUGGGCUGGGAGUCAUGGAGGGGGGAAUGGAGGGAGGAAUGGAGGGAGGUAUGGAGGGAGGAAUGGAGGGAGGUAUGGAGGGAGGAAUGGAGGGAGGAAUGGAGGGGGGAAUGGAGGGGGGAAUGGAGGUUGAGGGGCGGAACGGUAACGAGGAUAACGAGGAGGAGGAUGAGCAGUUUCAAGCGGACCUGCAAAGAGCCAUGCAGCAGAGCAUUGAGGAUCUGGAGCGUUCAUCUCACUCCCACUACCAUCACUCCGCUGCCCGACACGCAUCCAAGCACCAAUCAGGAGCAGCCAUACCUCUCCAGCAUCAAUCAGUGUCGGCCUCUCUCUCCGCUCCUGCCAGCCCAGCAACAGGCCUUGACAGCCUGGCAGCAGCGCCUGCCACGUCAGCGGACUGGGAUGCCAGGCUGGCAUUGACGUUAGGAGAGGAGAGUGGGGAGAAGAGGGGGGGAGGGGCAGUGGAGGGAGGGAGAACACAAGGGGAUGAGAUGGGGGCGAUGGGGGGUGGAGGGGGAGGGGUGGAGAUGGUGUGGAGUGCGGGAGGGGAGGAUAUGUUAGUGGGGCUGAGAAACGAGAUUGGGGAGUACAACUGCUUCCUCAAUGUGAUCAUUCAGUCCCUCUGGCACUUACGUAAGUUCCGGGAGCGGCUGCUGCACCCGUCGUGCCACGAGCACGCCCAUCAGGGCGACCCCUGCGUCGUCUGCGCUCUAAGAGACAUCUUCCUUGCUCUCAACUCCACCACCACUACCAUCACUACCACCACCACUAGUACCACCACCAACAAUACCACCUCCAUAUCAUCCUCCUCCUCCUCUACCACCAAUGCUGCUGCCACCACCAACCCUUCUCUCUCCACCGCUGUCGUUCCGUUUGCUGCUGCCCCUGCUGCCCCUUCGCUUGCUCCUGCUGGCACGGCCACUGCUCCACCUGCUGCCAGUGCUGCUGCAGCUGCGCACUUUGCUGCUGCCCAGUCUGCUGCUGCUGCUGCUGCAGCACCUCCUUCGGUGCGUCCUGCUUGGAAGUCCUUCCCAGGAGCAGCAGCAGCAGCAGCACCCAGAGAGCAACUCUCACAAGCUACCUCCUCCUCUUCUGCUGCUCGGGCUGCUGCUUCUGCUGCUGACGCUGCUGCUUUUCCUCCUCUUAGCACGGCUGAUUUCCCCGCAUUAAGUGGCAGCGGCAGCAGCGGCAGCAGCGGCAGCAGUGCAGUGGUGCCAUCCCCUCUAGAAGGCGAUUCGUUUUCGGACGCAGAGUGUGCUUCAGCCAGCAGCAGGAGCAAGGCCCAUGCAUGGGGGCCGCAGCAGGCAACUCCACUGUCGCAACCACAACCACAACCACAAUCGCAGCUACAGACACAACUGCAAACACAGCCGCAGCCACAACUCGCAACACACAGCAGUUAUGCCACUGCGUUAGCAGACCGAGAUAAAGCCAGGAUUGCACACACCAGCACAGCAACCAGCACAGCAACCAGCACAGGUACCAGCGCAGGUACCAGCACAGCCACUAGCAUCACCCCAGACACUGCUGCUGCGGCUAGCAGUAUCGCACCUUCUCCCUUCGCCGGAGCUGUGGCUACAACGGCAACAGAAGCCACUUCUGUGCCUCUUUCGUCUACAGCAGCAGCAGCGGCAGCGGCAGCGGCAGCAGGGGUGGCAGUGGUGGCAGCAGCACCGGCAGCAGGGGGAGGGGCGACUCCAUCUGUUCGGACGGUGGUGGCACCGACAGCGCUAAGAGUGGCACUUAGCGCCAUGUUUACUGACUCUGAGUUUUUCCAGCAGUCCCAAAUGAACGACGCCUCGGAGGUUCUCUUAGUAAUCUUCGACUGCCUCCACCGAGCCUUCACCGAACCUGCCGCCGAACCUCUAGGUGAGGCAGCUGCCUCAGCAUCAGGAGGAGCAGCCUCGGUUAAUGCCACAGCUGCCAACGAUUCGGCAGAUAAUUCUUUUGUUGACGUGGUCAGCGGUUUACCCAAUCAGAAACCGGCAGGAAGCUGGGACUGCCCGGCCUCAUCAGCAGCUUGGGACCGAGCCUACCUCGCAGGUUUGGCUGAGAGCUCAGCCCUUAAUGCGGGAUCCGUGCCAAGCCAGACUGCAGCUCCAGGGCAGAACCGUGACGUAGGCGUGGGCGCAGGUUCGGCAGCAGGCUCAGUAGUAGCAGGCUCGGCGUCAGGCCUGGCAGUAGGCUCGGCAGCAGGCUCGGCAGGAGGCUCAGCAGGAGGCUCGCUGACAGCCUCGGGGGCUAGUGCUGUAGUAUCUUCGUCUCCCCUCUCGUAUGGUGCUGUGGUGGCGAGGGGGAAGGGGGGUGCUAGCACUAGCAGCGCUGCUGCUGCUGCUGCUGCUGCUCCUAGGGGAAUUAGUGGGGGUAGCGUGGGGGGUAGGGUAGGUUCUACUGUUUUAGGAGCAGGAGUAGGGUCAACCGGACUGGCUGGGAUGGGGAGAGGAGGAGGGGCGGCAGGAGGAGGAGGUGCAACAGGAGGAGGCGUAGGAGGAGCAGCAGGAGCAGGAGGAGGCGUAGGAGGGGAAGCAGCUGCAGCGGCAGCAGCAGAGGCGGCAGUGGAGGCAGCAUCGGAGGCAGCAGCAAGAGCAUGCAUAGCGCAUGGGUUGUUUGGGCUGGACGUGACGGAGAUGAUGAGCUGCUCGAGAUGCGGCACGCAGAGCCGCCAGAUGCACUAUUCCUCCUUCUUCCACCACGCCAACGCCACUGCGCUCAGGCUCUCAAAGCUGGGCAACCCCACGUGCCGCCUGGACGAGCUCCUAGCGGGCAUGGAGCAGCACCACGAGCUGCCGUGCGACAUGGACGUGGGGGGGUGCGGCCGUCCCAACACCAUUCAGCACAUCCUGCGCCACCCGCCACAGAUCUUCACCACUGUGCUAGGCUGGCAGAGCGACAGGGAGGAGGCAGAGGACAUAGGCCUGACAGUGGGAGCACUCGACGUGCACAUGGAUGUGGGGGUGGUGUACCGGGGUCUCUUGGCGCCCCACCGGGUUCGGCUGGUGUCAGUGGUGUGUUACUACGGGCGCCACUACCACUGCUUCUCGUUCAAAGCAGACCUGGGGAAGUGGGUCAUGUUCGACGAUACAACCGUCAAGGUGGUUGGCGGGUGGGCGGAUGUGGUGAGCUCAUGCACCAGAGGCCGGUUGCAGCCGCAGGUGCUCUUCUUCGAGGCGUGCUCAUGAUUCAUGAAGCUACUAUUUGGAGAAGCGUUUUUACUUGACACGUCUCAAGUGGUUGGCGGGUGGGCGGGUGUGAUCAGCUCAUUUCCAAAGGCCGGUUGCGACCCGCAGGUGCUGUUCUAUGUCCUUUCUUCUGGCGUACCACUAUGGGGCCUCGAGAUACCGUACGGCCGCCGUUGUUUUUUUUUACGGGUGCUUGUGACUGGCAGGCAGCUUGGGCUACGGUACUACCAUAGCGCAUGCAUGAGUGAUUUGGGUCGCUUCUGGGGCAGCAGCAUCUGGGGCAGGUGGUUUUUAGAAUAAGGGAAUGCUUUUAUGGUAGGGCCUUUGGAAUGCUCCUCACCAGCGUGUGGUACCUUAAUAGUGCUUGACCGAUUUGAUGCACCAUCAGAGUAGAUAUGGUAGCGUUGCUUGCCUUGGCGUGGAGGAACCACGUGUUUCAUGUACUAGUGCUCUUAGCAUAGUGGUACCUUACGCAGAUUCUUUUAUUUACCACCUAAAGUUACGCAGCACUUCUUUGAUGAAGGGUGGGAACAA